AUGUACACUCCAGUGCUACAGCUCACCAUCGCGUCGUCGCCCCCGGUGUUUUCCUCGCCCAAUCAGCCGCGAGGUGUCAUCGUGUCUGGACCGUACGCGUUUCUCGUGUCCUCGGAGUUGGCGAGCCUAACCUUCGAGAAUCUUCGAUUCAGCAUUAAGGACGGUGCGGACUUUUUCUUGAACCUUUCCUCGGACGAGUACCAGGGAACCGUCGCCUUCGUCGGCACGAGCCCACAGGUGCGUUGCUUCGACCCAGUAGCCUUGACAGGGGUUUGUGUAUUGAGUACAAACAUGGUGGAGAACGCAUGCAAUGGGGGAAGGUAGGUUUCGGGGUUGUUGUUGUUUUAUUCUUCACGUUAAACUCGUGUCAGGUGAUAAUCCCAAAAUCUAGCAAAUACUUGGUCCGUGGUCACAAAAAUGCUGGAGCCAUCAGAAGAUCUAAAGAACACACACACUAGUAGGAAGAAAAGGGUACACAAGCCCGAGGAGGUACACCUACAAUCCCUGCAGCACGUUUGC